ACUCGGUUUGUUUUCUCGCCCCCCUUCCUGGUCCAUCAUCACACAAAAAAGAAAACAUGGUUACAUAGACCGACUGCAGCUUUUUAUCUUUUCCUUUAUUAUUUUUUUUUUUUCUGCAGUUCUGCAGAUAUGGUAUGACACUGUGCAUGAGUGGAAUGAAGCGCAUCCAUCUUUUUUGUGUAGCUGCACCGGAAACAGCUCCCGUCUCCCUUUCCUAUUCCUAUUCCUGUAUCUUUAUCCCCUGCUCUUGUUCCCUGUACAGGACUAUACAUACAUUGUUCCUGUGCAUGCUCCCUAUUCGUGUUCCUGUCAAAAUACAUCCGAUAGCAACAAUAACAAUCACAAUCAUAAUAAGCUCGCCUGUGUGUUUGCAUUUUUUUUUUUUUACACAACAUUGGCUAAUCAUAGUUUACAUCUCGUGUUCCGCUGGGUUGGGGGGUUAUAUUUUUCUAGUAUGCAUCUAUGCAUCACAAAUAAAUUUGACACGGUUUUUUUUUCAGUUCCGCCCAAUCUGGAAACAAGAGAGGAGAAAAAGCAACUUUGUUAUAUUCCUAGCGCAAUACCAUUAAAAUGAAUUAACAAAAAAAAUAUAGGUCCAGGCUGUCUUGUACGCUCAUGUCUGUCAGAGGUUCCAUGAUUUGGCCAGCUAUGCCUCCGAACCUGUCAAGCAAAGAAUCCAUUUUUUGACCAAGCCUGAUGGAUCAAACCUCAAAGAGCUCUUUGUCUGGGAUCUACCCUUCUUCUCAUCCACACCCGUAGUAACAUGGUCUCCCAGCCACUUUGAAAGCUUUAUUCUUCAGCAUUGG